UGAUUGUGACUGUGUCUCCAGAAAAAAGAUCACUAUGAUCCCGAUUCUAUUGCUUUGCUCCUUGUUUGUGUUCUGUCAUGGGGAAGAAUACACUACAACAACAGAAUCGCAACUCGCAAAGGGGGAAGAAAAAAUGAGUGAAUAUAUCCUAGAAGUUCUAGAACAUUUCAAGAAACCCAACCCCGUGGGGAUUCCGGGAGCAAAAGUGCCAGAUCCAUAUCGAGUCCCAGAUAUGAAACAGUCCAUAUCUCUUGGAACUCUAUACUUCAAAAAUACGGCUGUGUACGGUAUCAGCAAGUUUCGUAUUUUAUAUGUCAAUGCUGAAAUCAGAGCUAUGGAGGUUCACGCUUCAUUAGCUAUAGACAAGCUUCAAGCUAGAGGAGACUACACUAUGUCGACUUGGCUUAAUAAAGUUCAAGGACCUUUCACAGUAGAUAUAACAGGCAUCAAGAUUAUAGCUAAAGCGAAUUUAGGUGUAGAGCGCGACGGUAAAUUGAGAGCACAAGAUAUUGCAAUAGAUAUCGCUUUCAGUACAAUAGCGAUGAAUUUUGAAAAUGCUGGUUUCUUCGGCGGUAUGUUACAAGGCGUAGUCAAUUCGAUCGGAACCUUCCUAUUCGAUUCUAUCAAACCAUACAUACUUAAAGAGGCUUAUACCAAAGCAAGGGAGGAAAUUAAUAAGAAACUUGACGAAGUUGCAGGUGAUAUGCAAUUUCCCAACUCAAUAUCUCCCCUAGAUAUGGUUAUCGCUGAUGUCAGGAAAAAAGUUAGGGAUAUGCAAAUGGAUCCUUAUAAAAUUGAUGACUACAACACAACGGCUAGCGUAUUCACGGUGUCCCUGUCUAACACAUGGGUAACAGGUAUAUCUUCUUUUCAAAGAGUGGGCAACAUAACUUUGAAAAUGGAAAACAACACAGUAAUCGCUGACUUCGAAAUCGGUACUCAGAAACUUCAAGGAACGACGCAAUGGGAAAUAGCUGCAAUUAGCGGUUUGAUAUCUAGAGCGGGUAGAGCAGCAUUCUCUGUAGAAUAUAUCAGUGGUCGAGUUAUCCUGGCUCAGCACCUCGAUACGAGGAAGAGGCCGGUGUUCAGAGAUUUGGAUUUAGACAUUGGUAACAUUCAAGUUCGAUUUGACGGUGCGGGAACUUUGGACUAUGUGGUCGAAUUCGCAGUGAAUGUUCUGCCAAAUCUUUUGAGGUACCAAAUUAUGGACGCUUUGGAAGGUCCAAUAAAAGAGAAAGUACAGCAGGAACUAAACAAAAUUAAUGUCGAGGAAAUGAUUAAGCAAGAGUUACCGAAGGUUGAUGAAAUGCAGGAAUCGGGCUUCAAGCUGUCAGCCCUUCAUGUUCAAAGCACUGUAGAUGAACCUUAUGAUGAGGAUGAAUUUUUCAAUUUUUAAUCUGGACAAUAAAACGUAAUUAUUGUAAAUACAUAAUAAAAAUAUUAUUUUAUUUUAGAAUUAUUAUAUAUUACGAGGAAAAUUGUGUUUAAAAAUAA